GUAUAUAUGACCUGACUGCGUCUUCUUCCGAAUAUUGGCUUUAAAUUUGGAUCAAUCAUGAGAGUCAGACAAGAACAUUGGAACUUGCUACUCGAUAUUUGCGAAAAAAAAACCGUGAGGUGAUCAGUAAUAAAUUUAAUGGACCUGAUGGCAAAGCAAAGGGGCAUGAACUGUGGCAAAACAGUACCCAUCAACUGAAUAGUUUGGGAUUUGGCGUAAAAAACAAAGAAGAUUGGAGAAGGGUAAAAGCUUUAAUCAACAAUAUUUAAUUUUGCAGUUAAUGUAUGUAUUUAAUAGGCUUUGAUUGAGUGGAAAUGUAAAACUAAAGCUAAGGCAUCAAAAAUCAAACAAGAAAUUGUGAAAACUGGUGGAGGACCAGCAAAUUAUGUACCUCUCUCUGAUGCAGAAAAGCGGCUCCUCAGCCUUAUGGGAACAAAGUCUGUUCAAGGAGAUGACGUAUGUGAAAUGGGCUUUGGACAGGUGACCACAACAUCUAAUACAACAGAUGUCUUUAACUCAACAAUGGAAGCAUCAAGCUGCAAUGUGAUAAAUCAAGAAAAUAGGCAAAAUGAUAACAUCAAAACAUUACCUGAUCACAAUUAUACUCCAACUAAUACAAAAACUCCCUCAAGAAAACAUCAAAGAACAGCAUAUCAGAGAACUUACCAAAGAAAUUCAAACAGAUUAACAACAAUUACUGAAGAAUCACUCCAGGUCCUCAAAAAAAUAGAAAGUAAUACCCAAAGUAUUGCAGAGUCAUUGAAAAUACUUGCUGCUGUUGCACAAACAGCAUUUUCAAAAGACAGUUGAGUAUAUUUUUAUUGGUUGACUUGCUUUCACUACAUUUUUGUAAUAUCAAACUAGGCCAUAUAAUCC